UCGGGGGUGCGGGGCCACCCCCCUCGGGACAGGUGUUGGCUCAAUUGAGGACGACUGUGCGCCCGGCUGCCGUUGUUGUUUUUGUGGCCACUUGCCCCCAAGUUCGCGGUAGGGAAAACUUUCCCCUCUUGCCUGGGUGCACGCCGGGGAUUGGCAUGGUGCGUCCUAUACAAGCGUGUGCACGGAUCACGAGCAAGGUGGACGUGACCUACCUCAACUUCUUCCUUAAGGAGUUCAACGCGUUUGUCCCGCUGACGACGCAAGGCAUCUUGAGGGACGCUCUUAACCCGGUGCCGGAGGCCCUGACGGAGCGAUCAUUCCACGGAGACGAGGAGUUUAACGCUCGGGUGGCCGUGAUCCAAGGCUGCAUCACUAUCGGCGCGUUGCUCAAGGGGCACACACAGGUGGCAGUAUACCUGCGUAACGUGCGGGAGGCACUGACCAACUCCUUCGACUUCGUCAGCUCCGAGACGAUGAGCGCCUACAUGGUGACGGCCUACUGCCACGAUCUCAUGGGAAACGCGGCGGCUACACGCAACUACAUGGAGUUCGCGAAGGCGGUGGCGACGCAACUUCCGCAGGUGACGGUGGACCACGAGCUGGUGUUUCAGUUCUACCGCGUGUGCUCGGAGGUGCACAACUGCACCCUGUCGGCUACACCCAAGCUCCUCCAGCACGCGGGCGCGGCGGCUCCUUGCUACCAGGUGCUCAACGUGCUGACAUACGCCUUGUACGACCUGGCCCAUCUUGCCGCGGAGAAACUCACCAACACCAUUUCCAAGGCGCAGGCGAAUUUGGUGAUGGCGGAGUUGAACUCCCUCUUGCCGAUCCUGACACGUGCUGACGGCAUGAGCCAGGACAACUCGUCCUCGUUCGGAGCUCUCGGCGUCGUGCUCGUGAAGGGGGUGCUGGCCUACAUCUUGCUACGUUUGGGUAGGAGCCAAGACGGGCUGGAGGUACUGGAGCCGGUGGUGGGCAUCCUGGCGGAAAACCCGGGGCUCCUGCGGCAGGUCAUGUGCUGGCAUUUGUCGCACUGCAUUCUGGUGAUCUUCCUGGAGCAUGGGUGGUUCAACGAGUACGAAAUCACGCGAAACAUUUACAACAGCCUUCUGGAGCCCGAACAAGGGGGGGGGCACUUCGCGGUGUGGGGUCGAGGCCAUUUCCAGGAUGCGACCCCGUUCCCUCCGGUGGACAGCCUCCACUCCCAGGGAAACUCCUUUUUGUGUUCCAACCCCAUCUGCAAGGCCAUCAACAGAGAUCUCAGCGAGGGAGUCGAGGCAACCGUCGCCGCACAGGUUUGGACCGUUUUGCAGCGGCAUCAAGCGCCGCUGGGCCGCAGCCGGUGAUCAACAUGGUCACCGGGGAAGGCUUCCUCAACUUUGACUCGGAGGCCGGGGUUAACGUUUCGAACGCCUCCCCCAAGCCGUCCCUGCCGGGCUUUGGCUCCAGCUCCAGCUCCGGUACGGGGACGAGCCAAGCGUCGCAGGGAUCACCACAACCGCCCGCGUCGAUGUCUUCGUCGUUUUCAGUCGCGCAGCAGCAUCCUCAAGCGAUGUUGAUAACUCCCGCCGCCGCCACGACUCCCGCCGCCCUACACAAGGGGGCUGUUCCGACGAGAGCGGCGAU